UGGACACCUGAUGGUCACGUGACACCCUCCUCUCACGUGACGCGACCGAGAGUCUAAAAAGAUAAAUGUAUAGGGGAAACGGUGCUUGUAUAUAAAAGUAAGGUGUAAGUAAGGAAAAAACGUAUUUUUUCCUCCAGAAAAUGGUCAACGAAGCAUGAGUUCAGAAGGUAACACUCCAGCUGAUCUCAGAAACUGCCCCAGGACUGCAGAAAGUACCAGCAAGAACAUGGAUCCGGAAGACCUUUGCAAGACUCAAUCUUCUAUCUUGUAUCUUCUUCAGGAAGCCACCAGGCUUGUUACACCACCAAAACGGCACAGUCCAGAUGCAGAAAAACUCCAUGAUGGCACAAAAGAGACUAUUGUUUCACACUCAACUAGCUUGAUGCAAAAAGAUCCAGAGGUUAGAACUGUCACAGGAACCUUCUCUAUGUUAAGCAGUAGUCCAUGGGAGGUCAUGAGUCUCAUAAACCUCCAGUGCGAGAGGCUGCUCCACUCUGAUGGAACACAUGGAGAGGAAGAGGACUCGCACACCCACCAAAUGAAAGUAGAUGCUACAUCUGAAGACGGAGAUACUGCACAAGAAUGGUCCUCAUUUCCUUCAGCUGUUUCCACUUCUAUAAUGGCCAGAGAAGCUAAUGCAAUGGAGCGUGCCAUUGAGUCUGUUUGCUGCUCUGUUCCAAAUAACGUUGAUCCAAAUGACCACCUGACAAUUGAGAGCGUCACUGAGAAUGGUGAAGUUGCAGCAACCGUUGAAGAGGAUCUCGCAGAGCAUAUUUCCAAGACCACAGAGGAAAGUUUAUUUUCCAGCACAGUUAUGAGUGAAGAAAUGAUGGAUCACAGUAUCCUUGUUGAAACACCAGUGCUACCCCUUGACUUGACCAAAAAAGUGGAAAUUUGUGAACACACCACAGAGAGUGCUGGGGGUUUGAAUGAAAUGGCGAAUGUCUCGUCCAUUUCUGAGGCUCCCCAAAGUCAUGAAAUAAGCUCUGUUGACUUUACAUCAUCUUUGGUUGCUGAAAAAUAUGAAGACUCAUGCUUAUUUUUUAAUGACUGUGACGAUGCAGUGUGUGAAAGAGCAAUUAUGUUAGGAGCACCACCUUCAAAAACAGAUUUAAACAAUAACCUAGAGGAUCCUAUACUCCAGGAGAACGAAAAGACUCCUUCAGUAAUCUCCUCUCAGCUCCUAUAUGGUAACCGAAGGAGGACACCUAGGAAGCAGUCUCACCCUGUACGCAGCCCUGAUUUACAAGAUCCAGGGCUUCAGGGAGUCACGUUCAGCAUGCAUACAGAGCUAGAUCACAGCACAGACCAGUGCCGCCUUCUUAUCACCUCCAACUACAGUAAGCUAUCCAGGCGUGGCAGGAGGAGCAGAAGCUGUAGGCCCCGAUCCUUACAGAAUUCCCAGCGAACCAGCAGCUCAGAAGAAGAGUGUGACUCAGCCAGCCAGUGCGAGAAGAUAUGUGCAUCUUGCUGCACGAGGAAGACUCCUUUAUGGCGAGACGCAGAAGAUGGUACACCACUCUGCAACGCCUGUGGAAUCAGGUAUAAGAAGUACCGUGUGCGCUGUCUGCAGUGUUGGAACAUUCCCCGGAAGGAAGCCAGCUCCAACUCCAAGUGUUUGAAAUGUGGAGAUCUCCUCCAACCCGCCUCGCAAAGCAAACGGGCCGGAUGGUAGGAUGAACCGGUGUUGUACAUUCCUGCUUCCAUACAUUCUAGAACCAUCUCAUCAAUUUUCUUUUGGGAAAUUAGUUUGUUUUAGAAUAUUAAUAUGAAGCAUGGAUGCACUCCUGUAUAAAAGGGCAUUUCUCAGCUUUACAACAAUGAGGAAAGUAAUAUAUAAAGUUUCUUUAGUGUCUGUGUGUUUGUCAAAGCUCUUGCUGGAAUAGUUCUUAAUAUUGUUAAUACUUCCAUAUAUUUGUCACUGUGUUACAAUUUAUUUUUAUUUAUUAUUAUUAUUUUUGAUUGAGCGAUAGAACUUUCAGUCUUACUAAUUGUUUCUGCCUCCAAACAAAACAGUUUACUGUCCCAAGCUCCUUUAUAAUUUAUUAUCCAACAUGUAAACAUUGUGGGAAAGUGGUGUCUGUAAAAAUGGUUAGAUUUUGCACCUUGUCUGUAGUGUUUGCUGUGGUGUGUAAUGGUGUGUAGCCUAUUUAGGCCUUAAAAGCAUGAAUAUUGCUGCUGUCUUUACAAUCUCUUCUUUGAAUUUUUUGUUUUUUUGCUGCCUGUGAUGCAUUUUUACAUAAGAUUUUCUGGAAGCUUGUUUGGAUUUGGUUGAAAAUUAAAUUGUGAUGUAGCACUGGGUAUAUGUUGAAUGACCAACACCAAAAAUAGCAGUUAAGUAUUUUGUGCUGCCACGUGAUGGGUUGAAAUCAUUAGUUUUAUUUCAAAACAGGGUGUGCAUAAUUAAAAAAACAAUUACCAAUGGGAAUUAAAGCCACUGAUGAAGCUGUUGAUGAA